AUGGCCGAGACAACAAGGAAUGAUCUUGGGAAGGCAAACGAGCGGAUCACAGAGGUCGAAGUCAACUACCGUGACGACAGUGUUCUGUACGAUGCUCAUCUUAAGCGAACCAUAGCCUUGGAAAACACAUCUUCAAAGCUGGUGGAUGACUUGGAACGGUUUCAAGGGAAAACCGAGCAACGGCUUACAAAGGUCGAUGAGGACCUGGGGCGGUCAAGCACCGAAGCCGGUUCCACACUUGACAGAGUCACAAGCCUUGAAGAAAAGAAUGCAAGUCUUGAGGAGCGAAACGACAAACUUGAAGCCGACCUCAAGGCGGUCACCGAACAGGUGAAUGAACUGAUAAAGGCCAAGUUAGCUGCCGAUAAAGCGGUUGAGGAGGCAAACGCUUAG